CAGCUGGGAGGCUAUUCCAUCCUCGAACCCCACCCGAGCCGUCCAGACAGGCUGUACGCGUGCUCCUGUCCACAUCAUCCACACCGUCACUGGCCGGGUGUCUCUGUGUCUGUCCGCAACCAAGCGCCAAUUCUCCUUUUGCUGAAAAAGUACAAGCUGAAGAAACAUGGAGGCCAUCAAGAAGAAAAUGCAGAUGCUGAAGCUGGAUAAAGAGAACGCGAUCGACCGGGCAGAGCAGGCUGAAGGAGACAAGAAGGGGGCCGAGGACAAAUGCAAACAGCUGGAGGAGGAGCUACUAGGUCUGCAGAAGAAGCUGAAAGGAGUGGAGGAUGAGCUGGACAAAUACUCAGAAUCACUGAAGGAUGCCCAGGAGAAGCUGGAGCAAGCAGAAAAAAAGGCAGCAGAUGCUGAGGCAGAAGUAGCAUCUCUAAACAGGCGUAUCCAGCUGGUGGAGGAGGAGCUGGAUCGAGCUCAGGAAAGACUGGCUACUGCUUUGCAGAAGCUGGAAGAGGCAGAGAAAGCUGCAGACGAGAGUGAGAGAGGAAUGAAGGUCAUAGAGAACAGAGCAACAAAAGAUGAGGAGAAAAUGGAGAUCCAGGAGAUGCAGCUGAAGGAAGCCAAACACAUCGCUGAGGAGGCUGACCGCAAAUAUGAAGAGGUUGCACGUAAACUGGUGAUCCUGGAGGGUGAUCUGGAGCGUUCAGAGGAGCGUGCUGAGGUGGCUGAGGCGCGAGUGAGGGAGCUGGAGGAGGAGCUCAGGCUAAUGGACCAGAAUUUGAAGUCCAUGGCGUGCGGAGAGGAAGAGUACUCACAAAAGGAGGACAAAUACGAAGAAGAAAUCAAAGUUCUGACUGACAAACUGAAAGAGGCUGAGACUCGUGCAGAGUUUGCAGAGAGAUCUGUGGCCAAGCUGGAGAAGACCAUCGAUGAUUUGGAAGAAAAACUGGCUCAAGCCAAAGAGGAGAACCUGGACAUGCAUCAGGUGUUGGACCAAACCCUUCUGGAGCUCAACAAUCUAUAAAGACAUCUUCAGAGCUACACAAGGGACAACCCAAAGGAUAGAACAGAGCAUGACAAAAUCUAAAACCACCGGAGUAUGCCCUUACAAAUGGAAUCUUAAAGUAAAAUCAACGGUUGCUAUUGUUAAAGAAAAAGAAAAGAAAAAGAAAAACAGUAAAUGUGAGGAGUGGUUAACAUGUAAAUCUAUGAAGUGAUAUGAGCAAGAAAAGAGUAUAAUUAUAAUCAUAAUUAAUCAGAAAUUAUUCUAUUAUUGCUAAAAAGUUCCUUGCAUGUAUGUAAGUAUCUGGUGUGCACUAGAAAAUCACUCACUGGCACAACUAUGUCAACAUGUCAAGAUCAGAAGCAUUUCUCUUCUUUGUUUACUUAUGUAUCUUGUAAGUCGUAGUUGCUACUGCACUGAAUAACAGUUACUGACAAACCUUUCUCCAUCAUGCAACAUAGUCUAUGCACCUUCUUUUCUUUUUUCUAUUUUUUUUUUUUACAUUUUCCCUUUGUUAAGUUUCAACAACAAACUGGUAGAGAACAAAUUAACAGAAAUUUAAGUGUGUGAGUGAUUGUCCAUCUUAAAAGAUAAAAUAAAUAAAGCUCUGGAAUCUGUGAUACU